GGGCGGUACACAGUCCCGAAUCCUCUAUGGUGGGGCCACCGCCGAAGAAGAACAAUCCUCGUGGUAUCUGUGGUUACGUCUGAGACAGUCAGGCAGGUGGAUUCCAUUUCACGUUCAGGCUACAUUGCGUAAGCUGGUGUGCGAGUAAAGUGUGCGCGUUGCUUUAGUUAAGUGCCUUACAUCUGGACCCGUUCGCGAAGUCGAGCUGGAUUCAGGAUUACCAACUGUUCUGGUCUGAAAAACAUUUUUUUGGAGAUCCAGCCAGCAGCGGGCUUUCAGAUGAAGAUGAAAUAUUUUUAUUUGAUCCUGUUCGGAUUCUGCAUACACGCGCUGACGUACUCUACAGCAGAAGAUGUUGAAGUCGUCAAAGCCGUACAGAACUCCGAAGAACCAGAUAAACCUGAGCACAGGGAAGGAAAUGACCAGAACACCGACCAGUUGGCUUUAGAAACCGGCGACCAAGACCCAUCACCCCAGUCCCUUGCUUACAAUGGCCCCUCUAGGAACCAGAUGAACCAUCCUCCCAGAGGUUCACCAGCUGGCCACUUCCCAUACAAGCAGUUCCAGAAGAACAAACAACCAAACUAUGAAAACAAGAACUCUUACAAUGGUCCACCACCUCCUCCACCGAAACAAGCCAUGGACAAAUACGGUUCAGCAGGAGAUGAAAUAUGGCCUGCUCCGAUCCCAGACAUGCCUAAGAUCAUCUCCCUGGAUGUCAAGUGCGAGAAGAACCUCAUGAAGGUGUAUAUAGGAUUCGACAAGCCUUUCUACGGAAUUGUAUUCAGUAAGGGUCAUUAUAGCAACGUUCACUGUGUUCAUCUACCUGCAGGUCUAGGAAGGACAAACGCUCACUUCGAAAUUGGCAUUCAUGCUUGUGGCACCUCUGGAAACACCGAGAAUGGAUUGUAUGGAUAUGGAGCUGAAUCAGGAUCUGGAACGUUCUUCGAAAACAUUAUCGUGAUUCAGUAUGACCCUCAAGUACAAGAAGUAUGGGAUCAAGCAAGGAAACUCAGAUGUACGUGGCACGACCAAUACGAGAAGUCUGUUACCUUCAGACCAUUCCCUGUAGAUAUGCUCGACGUGGUAAGAACUGACUUCGCUGGUGACAACGUAGGUUGCUGGAUGCAGAUCCAAGUAGGCAAAGGACCAUGGGCUUCCGAAGUUUCGGGAUUGGUGAAGAUCGGUCAGACAAUGACGAUGGUAUUAGCAAUCAAAGAUGACGACGCUAAGUUUGAUAUGUUGGUGAGAAACUGUAUGGCUCAUGACGGUAAACGCGCUCCCAUCCAACUGGUAGACCAAAGAGGAUGUGUGACUAGGCCGAAACUAAUGUCGAGGUUUACCAAGAUCAAGAACUUUGGAGCCAGUGCCACUGUAUUAUCGUACGCCCACUUCCAAGCCUUCAAGUUCCCUGAUUCUAUGGAAGUGCACUUCCAAUGUACCAUUCAAAUCUGCAGGUACCAAUGUCCCGCUCAAUGCUCUGAUUCUCAUGCAGGAGUAAGCAAUAGCCUUCUGGACGUCGCUUACGGUCCACCCCCACCACCACCAAUUGGAAUUGAUGUUUACCACCACGGCGGACACCCAAGAGACGAAAGAAGAGUACGUAGAGCUGUCGAUCCCGAGAAAGAAAUUGGCCUCAACAGGAUUAUCAGAGUGGUAUCAACUGGAGAUUUGACAUUUUCCAUAGAAGAAAACGGCACUACAACCACUGAAUCCACAAUGGUAUUCCCCGCCAAAGAAGAGAUAACCAACGCCGGCCUUAUCUGUAUGACUGCACCCGGCUUCGCCAUUACCUUAAUAGUUUUAUUGGUCAUUUUAUUGGUAUCCUGCUUGAUGUCAGCGUUUCUGUACAUGAAACUCAGGCCACUAUCAUCCAAUAAACUGUCAGGCGUUAUUGGAUACGGUCAAAACAAGAAGAUGAAGAAACCAACUGUGAAAAGUUGUUUUUAUUCAUAGAAUUUAACGGUCUAGUGUGAACUACUCAAAACAGUCACGUUCGAAAUCAUCUUCGAAGUGAAAUUCUAGCUGUAUCCUCGUUUAUUUUGCAUUUAUUUCGGUGCAUAUCCAUUAUACAGUCAUUGAACUGAAUUUUGAUAAGAAUCGAAUGAAUAUUUCACAUAUUGAUUCGGUGCUAUGAGAAUGUAAUUUACAGGUAGAGUUUCAUGUGCUAAUUUUGGUUCGUUCCGAUCGUAGAAUUAUAGGUUCCAACUUGAAAGCUUCAUCAAUGGCUACGAUCAAUUAAACAUUCAUGCAGCUUUUGAUUUGGUCGAUUUUAACGAGUAAAUGUGAUUAGACAUUGUAUCCAAGUAUUCCUGUUAUUGAGGAAAUGUUUAGAGUUAAGGUUACCCAAGAUAGUCGGGUCUUAUAUAAAUAUUCAUUGAGAUUCGAGGGACUAUCUGGUACUGCACCGUGUUUGAAAUCAAAAUCUUCCUUCCUUUUUUGUGAAAAAAUUUCCGUUUUUUUUUUCAUUGUGUUUAUGCCUAUUAUUUUCUACUCAAUAAUUUUUUUUUCACCUACCAAACACUAUAGAAAGGUCCCACUUGAUUUAUUGUAAUGUG